GUUGAUAUUCAAUGGAAACUGCGUAGUGAGUUAUCGUUUUUAGCUUCUGCUAUCUCGACUGUCACUGUUAUAUACUACAGAACUAAACUUAUUGUGACAUUUUGUUAUACUUUGAAUCGAAUUUAUAAUUGCUGUUAAAGUUCUCUGGAUUUUUUUAUUUUGUUCAUUUACUACGGGCAACUGGUCGGUGGUUCACGUGUUGUAUUAAUUGUUUAUAAAAAAGUGAUAGCAUUUUUUAUAAAGUAAACAAUAAUUUUGAAUUGCAAAUUUUAAUGUAAAAACAGAUAAUACUUAACAUACUGUUUUUUAGAGUCCUUUGGUACAUUUUGUAAUUAUUGUUUAUAAGAUAAUUAAUUUUUGUAUUUCCAUUAUUACCAAAAAGGGAGAAACAAAACAGAACAAAUAACCUAAAUUACUUGAGAAGGUGAAAUAUAAACAGGAUGGUGACUGCCAGGAUACCUGAGUUGAAGGACUGUGGAUGUGGGGUGCAACUUUCUCUUGGAUCAAAAAUUAUUGCUGCAAUUUUCCUUACUCUGAGCAGUAUAAUUUUCAUCUUCUCCUUAUAUUACAUUGCAAGUAUAGAAUUUGAUCUGAGAAACCCGGAUACUGAAUCGCAACAUCAUAAUGACACAUACUUGGAAGUGAUUGCUGUGAUGGUUUUGAUUGUAUCUGGAGUACACGGCACCCUUGCACUUUUGCUGUGGUAUGGAGUUGUUCAGCAUAGACCAAGCUAUGUGCUACCAUGGGCUAUAUUGACUACUGCCUUCACAAUAAUCCUCACCUUCAUUGCCCUCUUGCUGCUACUUCACAAGUUCCACUGGUUUGAAAUCAUUCUCUGGGUUAUUGUGGUGGUGCUGUAUUACUGCAACCUCGUUGUGUACAGCCACUUCCGAGCUCUUAGACGAGAGAAGAAUCUUCCACAAUCGCUCAAUGAAAAUGAUGCUUCAUAAAUUCUCUACAGGGAUAUUAAUGUUAUUGUAAUUAGUGAAGUAUGAAAUAUUAUAUAAUAUUGAACAAACUAGGAAUGCAGGUCUGUUUAGUUUUUAGGGUGUAAGAAAUCUAAUCUCAUUGCCUUAAGCUGACGAAAUUUGUCUUCUUACUAAAUGCAUUUGUUAAUUCAUUUAAUUUCUAUUUAUUGUAGUGUAAAAGUUAUUAGGAAUAAUCAAGUGCCUAUACAGUUAGUGAAUAAGGCAAGCUUGUCAAUUAUUGAUAUUUUGUAGAAUGGGGACAGUUUCAUAAAGACGCAACACUAUGUGA